AAACAGUAGCUUCGUUUAAUCCUCUAACCCGGAUGUUGACCUAAAAAAAAAAAACACGGGCACAUUUUUGUUCUCGUGGUUUCUGAGAUGGAUAAAAACAAUCGAAAAAGUUCCCAGGAUUUGCUGUCAUGUGGCAGCACUGGAAGUUUGGCUCAGAAGCUACUCAUAAAACCAUCAGCGCGCUUAAAGACGGAGAGAGUACCACAAAGCAGUGUGUUGGAUCGGCUACAGAGCUUCCUCCCGCAGAUCGCUGAAGCCAAUCAAAAGCUAAAGCAGCAGAUGGAAGAAACUCCUGCGGGACAUUUCAACAUCGAGGAAGUCGAGUCAGCAGAGAAAGUGAUUGAAAUGGACAUCGCAUUUGUCGAGUUAAGCGCAUCUGACAGUGAAUCCGAGGAGGACCUUGAAGAGUCUUCGGACUCGGACGUGGACGAAUCGGAGGUUGUUUUAACAGAGCGAAGACUGAAACUACCGGGACACAAAGGGAAGAAGGAAAACAUCGACAUCCAAGUUAUGGAUCAGCUUGGGAAAUAGAUGUGUCAUCCCAAGUGGACAUAUAAGACUUUCUAUUUACAAUGAGAGACUUUACUUUGCCAUCUCAAAUUUCUUUAGAGGGCAAAAAAAUGCCCCCAUAUAAACAAACACCCCAAUGAGAUCAGUUUGUGCUUCAUAAAAAAAAAAAAAAAAAAAAUCAUUGUUAUAUACUGUAUAAUGUGUGUUUUUCUUGUUGUGUUUGUAAUAAAAGCAGUCAUCACACCAACAAAUGUCCCAGAAAAGAACUCAUGGAUUUUUCAAUGAUAAUAUACAUUUAGUACAUGAUAUAAAUCCAGUUAGUUACCAAUUCUCACUGUCCAGGCCAGGAGGCUCUGAGGUUAAGGAGUAUUAAUACAUCAUUAGACGCCAAGUAGUAAACUCCCAAUUCGUUCAAAGCCGAUUGCGGCGACGGGUCACCGCUUCCCGACCGAUCCCUCGCGCCGUUUGGCAAACCGGACUCCUUGAUGAGGUUCUUCAGUAAGAUCGCAGAGCCCACGUUGAGGCAUAAGAUGAUGCAGGCUUCCUUCACGCUGGGGAAAAAAAAAUAAUU